AUGGCAGAGAGAUCCAAUAGUCCAAAAUUCGAGAGACCCGAAGUGGUUCUAACAGACGUAGAUGACGAAGGCCAGGACCAGCAUUUACCCCCUCCUGGACCUUCUACUAGAUCCCAGAGUAAGAGAAAAACAGCAGUAGUAGUCAAAUCAGAAAUCGAAUUAUCCACCUUACUCAAAUUCAUUAAACCCUACGACGGUUGCCGCGAGCAACUAAAUUCAUUCCUUGUAAAUUGCAAUAACGCAUACGAACUAGCAUCAGAAUCCCAAAGGGACAUACUUUUUAAAUAUAUUCUAUGCCAGCUGCAGGGCAAGGCCGAAACGGCUUGCUCUAUCAAAGAGUUCGCCAACUGGCAUCAACUAAAAGAUUUCCUCAAAACCCAGUUCAGUGAGAGGAAACAUUACGCUCACCUCCUCACUGACCUGCAAGAUUGCAAACAAAACCCGACUGAACCUGUUAGCCAGUACGCUCUAAAAAUUGAGACCUGUUUGUCCCAACUAUUAACAGAAAUUUCGAUCUCACACGGACACAAAAGCCGAGAGAUGAUUGGGAGAACCGCGGCAAUGGAGGAACUUGCCCUCCACCAUUUUCAAAUGGGCCUAUUGCCCCGGUUGUCCACAUUCGUUAGGUGCAAAUCGCCUCGAUCCCUAAACGAAGCGAUUAACAUUGCUAUAUCCGAAGAAAGAAUCCAACAGGCGCUAUCCAGGCCAAAUCCAAAUCAAUUUAACCGUAACCGUAACCAAAACUUUUCUAAGCAAUCGAAUCAAAGAUCAAAUUUCGGCCCCAGCCGGCCUAACAACAAUUCUAAUUCCAACAACAAUUCCAACUCCAACAACAAUUCCAAUUCCAACAACAAUUCCAAUUCCAACAAUUAUUCCAAUUCCAACAACAAUUCUUCCCGUCCGUUCUGCAGAUAUUGUAAAAACGCAGGACACACCCUGGAGCAAUGUCGCAAAAGGGAAUUUAAUAAUAACCGUUUCCGCAACUUUGAUCGAAACCAGCCCGGACCAUCCCAUCGAGUUCACUUCGUGUCCGAUGAAUCAUCGGAACCCAUCGAUGACGAAUAUCCGUCCGAACCAACCGACGGGUAUGAUACCCAGCCUAUCAAGGUUGACCUGCCAAAAUGUACUAAAUCCUCUGUAUCCGUGCAGCAGCCUAUCAAGGUUGACCUGCCAAAACGUGCUAAAUCCUCUGUAUCCGUGCAGCAGCCUAUCAAGGUUGACCUGCCAAAACGUGCUAAAUCCUCUGUAUCCGUGCAGCAGCCUAUCAAGGUUGACCUGCCAAAACGUGCUAAAUCCUCUGUAUCCGUGCAGCAGCCUAUCAAGGUUGACCUGCCAAAUCCUGCUAAAUCGAAUAUAUUCGAAAUCAUCAACAAUCCUGCAAAGACAUUACUACCUCAUGUCCUAGUAAAAUCCUCUGUAUCCGACAUCCCAUUAUCAUUACUAGUCGACUCAGGAUCCUCAGUAAGUCUGCUGAAACAUUCAUGUAUCCAAAAACAUCCUAAACUCACCAAAGAAACCAUCCAAUUGAAAGGAAUUGACCCUGCUGAAGAAACAAUCCACACCAGAGGUCACUUCCAAUUGAAAUUACAAUUUCCCAAAUUAAAUGUAUCACAUUCAUUCCAUGUCAUAGACGCAAUACAUUUACCCUACGAUGGAAUAAUCGGUUCUGACAUGCUCAAUGCUCAUAGUUGCAGCAUCAAUUAUAACAAAAACCUUCUAUACCUCAGUAAAACGUCCAUUAAAUUACAUUUCCAUGAUCCUGCCUACAUUAUACCUCCCAGAACCGAAACCAUCAUUGAAUGUUCAGUAUCGAAUCCUGAAAUAAAACAAGGAUUAAUCCUCGACCAAAAAGUUUCCGAUAACCUAUUAAUUGCAAAUUGCCUAGUAGUUGUCAAAAAUAAUAACAGAAUAAAUCUAUCCGUGAUAAAUACGUCAGAAAACCCUAUUACCUUAAAAUCCGAUUUGAAUCUCAAACUCAGUCCUUUAGAUUGCGAAUCCGAAUUCACAAGCCAACCUCCCGCCUUAAUAAACCACGUAAAUGUUGCGACAGAUUGUCAUAAACGUACCGGAGAAGUCCUCAAACAACUACGUGUUUCUCAUCUCAACCAUGAAGAAAGAGAGUCACUCUUUCAACUAUGCUCCGAGUUUUCCGACAUUUUCCACCUUCCCGGAGAAAAUCUAACUUACACCAACGCCCUGAAACACGAAAUCAAAACCACUACAGAUGUUCCUAUACACGUCAAAUCCUAUCGAUUUCCCGAAAUCCACAAAGCCGAAGUACGUAAACAAAUUGACAAAAUGUUGGAACAAAACAUCAUAGAACCCUCUGAUUCCCCAUGGUCGUCACCCAUUUGGGUCGUUCCCAAAAAGCUAGACGCUUCCAACACGCAAAAAUGGCGCGUGGUAAUUGACUACCGAAAGUUGAACGACAUCACUAUCGGAGACACUUACCCUAUCCCUCAGAUUACCGAGAUAUUGGAUCAACUCGGUAGUAGUUCCUACUUCUCUACCUUGGACCUGGCAUCUGGGUUCCAUCAAAUCCAGCUGAAUGAAGCUGAUAAACCCAAAACAGCCUUCACAGUCCCCGAAGGGCAUUUCCAAUUCACUCGCAUGCCGUUUGGGCUCAAAAAUGCUCCUUCAACGUUCCAGAGACUCAUGAACUCUGCCUUGUCAGGCCUCCAGGGCAUCCGAUGCUUUGUCUACUUGGACGAUGUCGUCUCAUAUGGACACGACCUAAAUUCCUGUAUCAGCAAUUUAAGAACCAUUUUCCAGAGAAUCCGCGAUUUCAACUUAAAACUACAACCCGACAAAUGUGAGUUCCUAAGACGUGAAGUUUGUUACUUAGGCCACAUCAUCACCGAACAAGGUGUCAAGCCAAACCCUGAAAAGGUCAAAGCUGUAACUGCAUUUCCAACUCCUGAAACCCCAAAAGACAUCAAAUCGUUCCUCGGUCUUGUAUCAUACUACCGACGUUUUAUUCCUGACUUUUCUAAAACUGCCAAGGCCCUUACUAGUCUGCUGAAAAAAGAUACACCCUUCGUAUGGGAGAAUCAACAGCAACUAGCUUUCGAUACCCUGAAACAUAAACUAACAACUGCUCCACUCCUUGUAUAUCCAGAUUUUUCAAAGCCAUUCAUACUUACCUGCGACGCGUCCAACCACGCUGUUGGUGCCGUCCUAUCCCAGGGUCCUGUUGGCAAAGACCAACCAGUCGCUUUUGCGUCACGAACCCUCAACAAAAGCGAAUGUAAUUACAGCACCACUGAAAAAGAGUUGCUAUCCAUAAUAUACGGUUGCAAAACGUUUCGUCCCUACCUCUAUGGACGCAAAUUCCUCAUCAUCACCGACCAUCGACCCCUAAAAUGGCUAUUCAACCACAAAGAUCCUAGCAGCAAACUCCAAAGAUGGAGAUUAAAACUGGAAGAGUAUGACUAUGAGAUAACUUACCGUAAAGGCAAAUUAAACUCCGCCGCUGACGCGCUCUCCAGAUAUCCUGUAAAUCCUGUAAUUCCUACUAAUCCUGUGGACCAAACGAACAACCCUGACUCUCCUAAUCCGUCGCCAGGACAAAAUCCAGUGAAUCCUCCUGCUGCAGACGAUGAACUCCCUUUCAGCCCAUUAACCCUCGAAGACCUAAGUGUUCAACUCCCCGCUCUUUCCGAAGAAGGCGACAGCAUGCCCUGUAUCGACCUCUUGGAAGGAGACAGUGAAAUCGACCUCCAAUAUAGCCCUAUCAACGACUUACCUGCGAUGCAGCCUUCUGCUCCAAGCCCUGAAAAUAAAAAUCACUUACAAAAUCCAGCGCAACCCUCCAGUUCUAUUCCUGAAACGCAAUCGAAUUUACCAGUUUCAAACUUACCCGAUCUAGAAGAUCCUCCAACACCUGGAAACCUACCUUCUCCCAGUUCCUCUUGCCACGAUGCUCCUUCUCCAUCAGCUGAAACCUUACCUGUGUCCGACGAAACCUAUAGUAAAUUCCUGAAGUCACCUGCGAAGUCACACGAUACCCAAAUCACCGAACAUAAUGAAACCCUCUUAAAGGGAACCCAAAAGUUGAUCAUUGUACCUACCUCAAUAGACAUGGAUGACUCCAUGCCCUAUGUCCAAGAAAUUAUUGAUAAUUGUCCAGAACCCGAACGCAGUGAAUUCCUGAAAUUAGAAAGAUCCUUAAACACAUUCUUACCUCUUACAAUCGAGAACAAAACUUACCUGUUCCUAUUCACGAAAGUCCAUCACUUUGAUGAUUACUCCUACUCCGAUAUUUUUAAAUCCCUGCAAUAUGCACCAUAUUGGCCCAAGGUCACCCGGAGUUCGUCCAAGAAAUCGACUCCAGUUCUGGCAUAUACUUUGAUCCAAUUGGUGAACUCAAAAUUCGCGUAA